UUUUACAUAUUUACAAGUCUCUUCCACAAAAAGGUAGACAGGAGGCAUGGGUAAUUGUGCGUACACUAGACAGACAUAGGCUCAAACAGAACACAGCUUACUGGGGAUGAGGACAGGCGACAAAAGACACACACACACAGGGAACAAAACACAGUGAAAGUGUUUGAGUGGUUGAACAGAUGCACGUCAAGCCAGGCACUCAAUUAGAAGGAAACAAGCACUCACAAAACACAGAAGACAGAAAGGUUUGAGGAGGUAGCGACAAGCAGGCCAACAGAAGACAGAUGAACAGGUGCUGGAACUGACAGAAAACAAUACCGUUCUGCUAGUAUUAGAUCCUGGAACUAGUAUGAUAUAUUGUUAUGUGUUCAUCAUCUCUUUAUGUGUUACUCUGCUAUCAAUUAGGUUCCGGCUCAUUAGUGUACGGCCCUGCCCUUUUCCUUCAGCCGAACAUAAAAAUAAUUGAUCCUCCUGGAAGCUGUUGCCUUGGUUUCCACAUUGCUGUAGUCCAAGGACUUUUUGUUUCGCACAGUUGCCUCCUCCUCUUUUAAUAUGGAAAUGUACUCGUGUGCCUUUCUUACUAGUUAGGGAUAGCGGUGGUUGGCAGUGUGUGUGUUUGCGUGUGUGUCCGUGCCCGUGUCUAACCGAGAGUGUGAAUCUGCGUUCACGGUUGGUUUGAUGUAUCAUAAACCACACACAAAUCUUCUUGUAGCUUCUAAGUUCCUCUUCUUCUUCUUCUUCUUCUUCUUCUUUUUCUUUUACUUUUUCUUUUUCUUUUUCUUUUUCUUCUUCUACUUCUACUUCUUUUUCUUCUUCUUCUUCACAGAUAUAAACAUGGCUGGGGAGCCCAAACCUUACAGGCCCAAGAUCGGCUCCAAACGGCCCCUCUCCUCUCUCUACAGCGGCUACGAAUUCGACUACGAUUACUACAGAGACGAUUUCUACAGCAGGCUGUUUGAGUACCACGGCCGGGGGGGGGGGCCCACGCGGGCCGUGAUGCCGGUCAAGCGCUCCCGGGUGGUGGUCCCGUCCAUACGCAGGGCCAAGUCCUCCUUCCCGGUCAGGACCUCUUCCACCUCCUCCAGCUCCUCCUCCGCCUCCUCCAACGCCACCGCCAGAGCGCUCCACACCGGGUCCUCGGUGACCUCUCCUAAGCUGAAAACAGACCAGCUCCUGACCAUCAAGAAGGAACUGUCCCAGAUCAAGACCAAAAUAGACUCUCUACUGGGGAGGCUGGAAAGAUUUGAGCGACAACAUCAUGGUGGUGCUGAGACGCAGAGGAAGCAGGGGAAGGCGUACCACGGUCUCCGCGGCGACCCGCACGACCAAUCCGGCGAGGAGGAAGGGGAAGGGGCGGGCGAGGUGGAGGCGGGGGAGAUGACGGACGGCGGCGAGGACGAAUACGAGGACGGCGCUCCCAGCGACAUGAUAGAGAAUCAAGUAUCGGACAUAGACAACUGAACCGGAGGUCUUACCAAGCGACGGGGAGGUCGAAUGUGAAAUUGAGAUACCAGCAAAGCCUUCUGGAUGAGGAAUUUGCGCUUAAAGGAAAACAAAACAAAUGAUGACAAAAGGAAACGCUGGGAAAGGGACCUGUGAACAUGUUUGUGCUUGUUUGCCUCUUUAAAAGACUUGCUACUAUUGAGAUGUGCUUUAUUUAAAUGAAAAAAGAGGCUAAUUAAUAUUGUAUUCCAGGCUAUUGCAAAAUCUGUUCCAAAAAAGGAAAUCGAAUAAAAACACAAAAAAAAUUAAAUAAUAAUAAUCCUAAUUUUAUUUUUAAAGAACGAUAAGGAUCUGCCGUGGAUCUGUAAGGAAAUGAACCAUUAAAUGGCUUAUUUUGUUUUUACCAAAUUCCAUUCUACUUUUGCUAUAAUGCAUUGAGGUUAAAGGAUAAGGAAAUAUGAGAAGAAAUGGGAAAAAUGUUAGCGAUUAAGAAAGACUUUCCAUCAUGUGAAGUGCUGCCACAAUGUGAACCGUUUAAUUCAUACAUUUUGCUGGACUAUAAAUAUAUACAUAUAUAUAAUUUAUUAUAUUUUCCGUUGUUCAAUGUGCAUAAAUUCUGCAAAAUACAUUAUAAUUGUGGCUCAUAGUUGUCAAGAGUGUGAGGUGAAGUAUUUUUAUGAUAAGCAUGUGAAAGAUGUGAUUAUUAUGUCUCCUUUGUAUGUGUUGCGUCAGUUGUACAGCUGUGGAUUAAAAACCAACAAACUGUUUUUGAAAUAAAACAAUCUCUGAUCAAAA